AUGUAUAAUAAUGCUAAUAAUGCCAUCUUACAAAAUAGCCUUCCGAAUAAUAUUCCAAUUGCAACGACUGCGCCUUCCACAAUUUUAAUAGAUUUAAGAAAGUAUUUACAACAAAAUCAUAACCAACUUACAUGGAAACAAAGAAUCAACAUAAUUGUAAACAUAAUCAAUGCAAUUUUACAUCUUCAUCAAGAAAAUUCUAUUCAUAGAGAUUUGCAUUCAGGAAAUAUAUUAUAUUCCGAAAAUAGUGGCGGAUGGUAUAUUAGUGAUUUUGGAUUUUGUGGACCUGCUGAUAAACCAUUAGGAAGUAUAUAUGGAAACCUUCCUUAUAUAGCGCCUGAAGUAAUUAAUGGAAAAGGAUAUACUUUUGCAUCAGAUAUUUAUAGUAUCGGUAUGCUUAUGUGGGAGAUUUCAUCUGGACAACCACCUUUUGCUCAUUUUGACCAUGAUUAUGAGCUUACAAUAAAUCUAUUAAAAGGAAUGAGACCACAAAUCGUACAAGGAACUCCAACAGAAUAUAAAAACUUAAUGAUUCAAUGUUGGGAUGCUGAUCCUUUAAAGAGAUACGAUAUUAAAAACCUCCAUGAUAAAAUUACAGAAAUACUAAAAUCAUUUUUCCUAGACUUAGAAGGUCUAAUGGUAUUUCAUUUGCCUAUAGA